CACGGUCGUAUGGCAAAGAGAGGCAUGGAUGCCUACAUUCGUUUGUUCGUUCCUCCGUUUUACUGUAGAGUUCAUUGUGGUAGAAUAGCUAUGGCUGCAAUGUUCUAGCGUAGGUAGAGAUCUAGGCGAGCGAUUCUUGUUCCGCGUCUAGCGUGACGACUCCCACCAUCGACUGAUCAAAUUCGCUGGAAAAAUUUCUGGACUAACAUAUCUUCUUAAGUUUUCUAACGAAAUCCAAAACGCGACACCAGAUUUGCAUCGAUCUAGCACAGGAAUAGAGCAAACGGAUUCAUGGAUUUGCCUCGGACGUCUAUAAUCUCGUGCCCGUGGGCUGUACGGCGGAGAGAUGGACGAGAAAUGGAGGAGCUGUGUCCAUGGCAACACGGGGAGUCAUUCCGAGCCAGCAGCGCGCGAAGCUAUAUAGCAAAAGCUAGCUUGUAGCAAGAUUCAUACAUGUAAGAAAGGCUACCACGGGACGAAAUUGGGACUUCAUCGGCAGAGGGAGGAGGAGGAGAAGGAGGUGAAGGCGACGAAAGCUGGAGACGCGCUCUCGACAAUCGCUUCCAUGGAGCUUACCUCUUCACGGCCACCCAACGCAGCGAUGGAGCGGCCCUCCCAUUCAUUUUUGGAGCUCAGCAGCAUUUCAGUGCUGCAGGAGCGCCUGCUGGGCCGUCGUCUUCGUCGUCGUCCUCGUCGUCCUCACACAAGGACCCCUUCCUGAUCGUCGGCAGGGAUCCCUCUUCCUCGACGCCCUGCGCUGCUGGGCAUCAUCAACCCGUCGGCAUGUCUGCAAGCAGGCGAUCAUCCUCGGAGCAGCAGCCACAGCCGCAACCGCAACCGCAGCAAUCCUUGUCUCUGGACCUGGAAGAGCAACAAGGUCGGGCUGCUCCCCCCACCUUCGUCUCGUACAUGGGCAGCCGACUGCCCGUGGCUAUGGCGAUUAGUAGAGAUCAACACGACCAAUUCUACCAGCUUAACAGAUUGCCUUACGAGUCGAUCCCCAGCUCGAGGCAGCCACCGGCACAUCCGCAGCAGCAGCAACACGUGCUGGAAGGGGGAUUCUUCUGGCCUGGGGCAGCUCGCUCUGCAGGAGGGGUGCCUCCGCAUUUCAGCUCAGGUCCAGUGGCAUAUGGCUUGCGCGAUUCGCCGGCAAGGCAAGAGCAAGAGACGGCGGGUCUCGUAAUUCCCAAGCAUAUGGCGAGGCCGCAGCCGCAGGCAAGCAGAUCCGACGAACCCAACACCCUGGAUAUGAACGUGCGAGGUAUGAACCUCUUAGCACCCCAGCAGCGUUCAUGGCCCGACCACCACCACCAGCAGCUGGCGCAAUUUCAUCAACUGCACCAGCUUCAGCUGCAGCAGCAGCAACACGCUCAGCAGCAGCAGCAACAGCAUGUACAGCAUCAUCAACAACAGCAGAAUAUUCAUCACCAAAGGCCAGACUCUCCCACUGUUGUUGCUCAGCUCCACAGAUCGGGCUUGCAGCCGAUUCUCCAGCACGAGCAGCAGCAUCAUCAGCUCCACCAGCAGCUUCAACAAGCUGGGCAGCAACAGCAGCACAAUUUGCUGGCAAGCAGCUCCAGCACGGCCAGCGCCGGCGGGAGCAGCACCUGUAAGGAAUGCGGCAACCAGGCCAAGAAGGAUUGCGUGUACCAGAGGUGCCGGACUUGCUGCAAGAGCCGAGGUUUUGAGUGCUCCACACACGUUAGGAGCACCUGGGUCCCGGCUGCCAAGCGACGAGAGCGGCAGCUCGCCGAGGCUGCAGCCGUCGCAUCGGGCCAGCCCCGUCCCAAAUCCAAGCGGAACCGAGUCAUUGCCAUGCAGCAGCAACAGCUUCAGCUGCAACACCAACAAUCCUCGGCCGAGCAGGUCAUGAUCUUAGACGAGGAUAUUACCGCCGUCACCCCCACCACCACCAACACCUCCAAUUCCCCUCACAGUGACGCCAGGCAGCCGCAAGAUGCAGGCAGCUUGCCCUCGGAGGUGAGAGCCCAGGCGGUUUUUAAGUGCGUCAAGGUGACGAGCGUGGAGGACGGUGGGGAGGACGAGUUUGCGUAUCAGGCAGUGGUCCGAAUAGGGGGCCGGAUCUUUAAGGGAGUGUUGCAAGAUCACGGCGUUGAUGCUGGUGGAAGCAUCAGUGGCGACACGACCAGCCUGGGUGAUCUCCAGCAAGGUGGUGGUGGUGCUGCUGCUGCCGCUGCUACCGUGGGAGGAGGAGCAACAGCAACUGGAGGAUCGCCCACCCCUCCGCAGCUCUUGCAGCUGGAUCCAAUGUUUCAUGGAGGAGGGUCAUCAAGCCAGAGCCACAGUCACCACUUCCACCAAAGCUCUAGUAGAGAGGUAGAGUGACAAUUUAUUUGUCCUAGAAUUGUUGCUCGUGGCGAGAGCGUGUAAAGAUUCAUCUCGCAAUGAGAACCAAGCCAUGUGUGCUUGACACGUCGGAUUGUUUUCAACGGUAAA